UGCCAACACUGGAGGAGAGACCACGGUGCUGCUCCGCUCUCUAUCUCUCUCUCCCUGGCUCCCCGGCCACACUCACUCACACGCCCCUCAGACGGUGUGAUAUAAACAAGUGCUAUGCCCUGAGAAGAUAACAAAAGAAGAUGUCCGUUUUGUGUACUACAGACCAUGAAUUUGAGAAAAUACACUUCAUAUAAACUCUAUCAAGAGACCAACAGUGGUGCGCAACAAGUGUAAAAAAAAAUGUUUGUAACUUAAAAUGGAUAAAAAUGGAAAAUCCACUGAGUGUAGAAGCUAAUCUGACAAAUGUGAAGGACCUAGUGGACAAUAAUAAUAAUAAUAAUAGUGAAGGAACCACAGACAUUGUCAACAAAUGUCAGUUCAUCACCAACAAGACGGAGGGAUCGUCGGGAGGGAAGUACCAGUUACGGCCUCGGUCACUGCAGGCGAGGCGUCGCUCUGACAGUGAGUGGAGUCUCCAGGACACGCUGAGACACAAGCCAAGGGCGCCACCGCUCUCCAGGUACCGCAGGAAGACUGCCAAUGCCCGGGAGAGGUACCGCAUGCGGCAGAUCAACACAGCCUUCGAGAAUUUGCGUGGUGCGUUGCCUUCCUGGGUGUGUAGUCGACGAGCAGCCUCCGACAUGACCAAGAUCACCACACUAAAACUAGCCUCCGCCUACAUCAGGUCCCUACAGGACAUCCUGGACGGUAACGCCCACCAGGACACCUGCUCCUGGGUCCUCUCCAGCAUCCUAGGUGAGGCCCCUAGCCCACAGGAACCCCAACCUGAGCAGUACUCCAUAAGCCCAAACAAGACCCAACAACCUCCUGUCUACGUAACUCAAGAAUCCGACUUCGUGUCUCUGCUGUGUAACUCCUCCGACUCAGGAGUGUUCCAGAACAACCUGGAGACGUUCUCGUACCUGUCACCGAUAUCGGAGACAGAGGCCGUGGCCCUCCUGCUGGGGACUGACCCUCCCCGCACCUGGAGUGACAGUCAACACACGCAGCUAGUGACGUAAUGGAGUCCCUUUACUCACCUUUUGAAACGUGAGUUGCAUAUUAUACGAAGGUGACAACGAUAUCUUAUAGGUCACCAAAAUUUAUGCUCAUAUAAAAAAAUUAUAUAUGCCAGUAACUGACCUGUAUGUUGAAUAUACCGAGUUAGUUAAACAAUUAAUCUAUUACUGCACAGUAUGUAUCGUGUUUAGUGGCCUUUAGCAGUGUUUAAUAAGUCUUACCUUUAUAACGUAAAUGAAAGAAAGUCAGCAUUCCUUGAUAAUUUCUUUAUAAGUGUAAUUUUUACAAGAAAUGUCAUGUCAAUGUCUAGUAUAACCAGCACUCAGAAGUUGUGGUUUGGUGAAGGUCAAAGUUGUGUAGAUGAGAGUGUGAUCUCUUUAUCGUGUUAACAACCUCAACUGGCGCUGAAAGUUAAAUAUCCAAGUUAAUCAAGUUUACGACUGUUGAUAAGAUACAGUUUUUCCUUCAGUUACCAGACAACGAAGUCUUUAGUGGCCUCAUAGUGCCUCUUAUCAGCCCGUCACUCUGGCUCGUAACAUUCAACGUUGCUUAAAAUAUCUGGAAUAAUCUGCGUCUAACAGUAUCAACUAGAACCGCUGCAUCUAAGUUAUCUGUGUGGUCGUAAUGGCGACUUAUUACAGUAUUUGUGAACCACAGUGGGUCAACAAUUGUAGGUCAUAUAUGUCCUUAUCAUCUGGUUUAUAAGGUUAAUAUGGUCGAGAUAUUAUCAGUGAAUAGUAACGACAUAUUAUGGUGAUGUUUAUUACGCACCAGAGGACACUAUCCUGAUCAGUAUAUCAUGGGUUGUGGCCAAGAUGAAACAAUCGUCUCAGAAGACACUACUUGUUAACACCUUUCAUGUGUUCUACCGAGGCUCAAGUUUCUCUUACUUACAUUUAAAGUUUUAUAAAUAACACAACGCAAAAAGAUUUUAUCGUCCCGGAAAAUAUAUAUAUUAUGUCUUGUGUUGAACACGUAGCAGGCUAAAGUUGGCGGUCAUGUUCCUCUCUUACCCCGGGUUAAGUAAAGCUGUCAGCUUGAAACAGUCUUUCUCUCUGCAGCUGGAAUUUAUCUCAACAUUUUCUCUGCACACUAGUAACAUGUAGAACAUUUUGAUUCUCUUUCUUACAUAAAACAAAUUACUAUAAUUAAGAUGGUUCGCUGAUGGUAUGUGAUGAGUCCUGUGUUAGCUACAUAAGAACUAUGUAUCAGCCCCAGCGAAGCUUGUGCUGGCUGAAGCAGAUGAGACCUCAACUCAAGAAGUUAAUGAUACAAAGGUCACAUUCAGUGACAAACGUUUGACCUACUUUAUAUUAUUCCAUAGUCCAUUGUAACCCUUUAUAUUCAUGACACUGAGAACAAAACAAAACAUAAUGAAGCACAACAUCGUAUGAACAAACACACUCCAGAUAAAGUAACAUAAUUGUGUCUUUAUUACAGCUAAUAUUAGUAACACGUACAGUAAUGUUUGGAGUCGUCAGUACUGUGGCACCUCUCACUCUGCCGCAGUCCUCCACCAUACUCAUACACCUCAAGCUGUCGCAGAGUACAUAACAUUAAAGUUUCACAUGAUAUUAACGUCACACAACAUGUCUCAAUAUCUGAAGCUGUACAGUAAACACACUACACUUAACGGUGUUGAAGAAGACACGGAAAAUACCGUACACCAACACCUGUUACUGUAACUAAGUGUGUUAGGAACUCGGUGUGUAGCACCAGGGCCAUUUUGUGUAUGAUAGGAACUUAAUAUGAGUGAUUGGACCUUAAUGAGCAGUGUGUCAGUGACGUGAGUUACCUGACAACUUACAGGUGUGUUUGGUGAUAAUGGCUAACUGUAUACACUGUGUUAACCACAUUUAGUUUAUAAUGUGGUACAGGUCCACACAGCCUCCAGGGUACAGUGACUGUCAUGUUGUGUCUUGUGGACCCUUGUGGUGGCCACUAUGGCACCAUUGUAACUUAGUGUUGUGUAUUUAGUAAUUCUAGUCAAUAGGUUUGUGACAUAGUUAGAACACUGUAUAAUAUAUAUGAUGGGUUUAGUAGUCUGUAUUAGUAAUAACAGGGAAAAAUUAAUAUAUGUUCGUGUAUGCAUGUAUAUAGGAUAUAUACACAUACGUACUCAUAGUUGUAUAGUAAUUUAUGUACUAUUAGUGUCUUUCUUGUACACACAAUGUACUAUACAUCACAGCAUGGAUGUCUAGUGCUAGCAGAGAGCCGAGGAACACUUGUAAGAUGUAGCCCCAGGCAACUUUCUACACCAGCAGCUCUCUCUCUCUCUCCUUUCUAUUUGCUCUGUACUUGUCUCUCUCCUGGGGUUAUACUAUAUUUACAUUUUGCUUUAACUUGCUUUUAGUUUAACCACAUACCCUCGACUUGUAUUGUACCACAUGUCUCUACCUCCUUGUCCCCUUGAUAUCACCUGUUCUCCACCCCUUCUCCACCCAUACCCAUACAACUCUCAUCUCACUCCUCCGUCUCCUGCUGACAGUCACUUAACCUCUCCAUGGCCUCUACCUAUCUAGCAGUUAACUCUCCUCCACCACCAAUCUAAUCCCUUCUCGGUCUCCACCUGACCUCCACCAUCUGCGUCUUACCUGCCAGCUUUCUCACCUCUACCUGGCCUUCACCUAGCGCGCGCUGCACGCAAGACGGAUAAUGUUGAAAAAGUACCACAAACAGGAUAUCUGAGCUGUUAACUUAUUUAUGUUUAAAAACAGACAAUACGAGCCUAAUGAUAAUCGGGUAGUGCUACUUAAGUUGGGCGUGACUGUUUCGUGGUACUUACAUUACAUUUACCAAUUUGUGCGCUCAGCAAUAAAUCACUACGUGUACAAGUUUCAUUGUUUAUGUUUCCUGUUUGUUAUGAAUAAAGGUAUUUUAUUAUA